UGACUGAAUCAAAAUCGAGGACGGGAGGACAGAGCCUCACUCUUUCUCUCUCCCUUUCUUUCUCUAUCAAGAAAUCACGGGUUGGGAAGAGGUGAAGGAUGGGAUCAUUGGCGAAGAAGGGUUUGCACCAGUACCUUUUACAACUUCAGCAUCACCCUUUGAGAACCAAGGCCAUUACAGCGGCUGUGUUGUCAGCUGUCAGUGACAUAGUUUCUCAAAAGCUAUCUGGUAUUCAGAAACUUCAACUGAAGCGUCUUCUUCUCAAAGUGCUUCUUGGAUUUGUUUAUCUUGGGCCCUUCGGACAUUUUCUGCAUAUACUACUGGAUAAGCUUUUUAAGGGGAAGAAAGAUUCAAAGACAGUGGCCAAGAAGGUGGUCCUCGAACAGUUGACUGCUUCACCUUGGAACAACUUUGUAUUUAUGGUCUACUAUGGGCUGGUUAUUGAGGGAAGAAACUGGUCCCAGGUGAAAACUAAGAUCAAGAAGGAUUAUCCUGCAGUGCAGUAUACAUCAUGGACGUUCUGGCCGGUGGUAGGAUGGGUCAAUCACCAGUAUGUGCCACUCCAGUUGCGUGUCAUCUUCCAUAGUGUCAUUGCAUGUGCCUGGGGAAUAUUUCUGAAUCUACAAGCAAGGUCGAUUGCAGCAAAGAAAGCCUAAGGGAACGAACCAAAGAUGACCCAUCUCAGACGAUCAAUGCUCCCCAGCUAGAACUACAUUCUAUGUGACACAAGACAAGACUAUAAUCUCUAAUAAGUCUGAAGUUUCUGUAUGGGUUAUUUACCUUUGACUUAAGGGAUUAGUGAACUUUAUGUGUGUGUAAUCUCGAUUAUAUUUGUGGGUCCAUGUUUAGUACGGGCAAAUCAGAGUGUAGUCAAACACAUUGCUUCCUGGUAAAGGCUACAGCCACAAUUUGGGGAUAGAAAGCUGUUGUUUUGUGUCGUGUUUACACCCUUAAUCCAUGGCUAAAAGGCUGGAAAUGGUUAUGACUUAUGAGGAAUGGUUCAGUUUUA